GCCACGGGGGAAGUCUCGCGAGACGUGGUUGCCUUGGCUCCCUGUAGCUAUAGCAGCCGCGGCUAGUGAGGAUGCGGCGGCAGAAGUGGUACUCCAGCUGGGAGAAGCCGGAAAUGGUUGAAGCUUCACGAACUUUCACUCUGGCAGGGCUGGCUAUUCCAGUCACAGAAGAAAAGAGGAGACAGAGCUCUCUGAUGUUCUGGAUGGGUGACUAGAAGAAUUUUUGGCAAAGUGAAAACAAAGCACAAUGCAUAUCUCCUUCCAGGGUUGUUGUGGAAUCUUUUUGCCCUUCUGUCGGAAUUGGAGUUGUUCUUUUCAAGCCACUAGAUGAUGGAACAGUCAACUAUAGCCCCAGAGAGCUUCAUUUUACUCCGGUUUGUCUGCCUUUUCCUAGUUGGAUUUUUGUCUUCAGUCCCAAGAAAAGUGUCCCUUACUGAUCCUGGAUGUUUCUGGAAUUGAGAAUUACAGUUUUUCACAAGGGUUUUGUGGAGUUGCUGCCACUUUAGUGAAAGUACUGAAUAGAACAACAACUUGCAGAUGAACAUGGAUCCCCACUGUUUGCAUCCCUCCUGUUUGAAUGUUAGAAUUUUGCUACUUUUGGGAACAGUUGAAUGACGGUUUUUUCAUCUGGACCUGGAGAAAUACUUUGGCCCAUUGUGGGGAGGUACCAGCUCAAACUUUUACUACAAAAAUUGACUGCUCUGCACCUCCAUUUCUGUUGAGCACUUAAGCAACAGGAGACUCAAACCGAUAAAGACCCCCUCUGUAUUUGGGGCUAACUGUGAACAAUGUCUUGGAAAAGGAAUUAUUUUUCUGUAGGACGGGGAAGUGUGCAGGGGAUGUUUGCCCCACGGAGCACAACUUCCAUAGCUCCUAGUAAAGGUCUCAGUAAUGAGCCUGGACAAAACAGUUGCUUCCUCAAUAGUGCCCUGCAGGUUCUAUGGCACUUGGACAUCUUCCGUCGCAGCUUUAGACAACUCACUACACACAAGUGCAUGGGAGACUCCUGCAUCUUUUGUGCUCUCAAAGGAAUCUUCAAUCAGUUUCAGUGUAGCAGUGAGAAAGUCCUUCCUUCUGACACACUCCGCAGUGCUUUGGCAAAGACUUUUCAGGAUGAGCAGCGCUUCCAGCUGGGUAUUAUGGAUGAUGCUGCCGAAUGUUUUGAGAACCUUCUGAUGAGGAUUCACUUCCACAUCGCAGAUGAAACCAAAGAGGACAUUUGCACUGCUGCUCAUUGUAUCUCCCACCAGAAGUUUGCAAUGACUUUGUUUGAACAGUGUGUAUGUACUAGCUGUGGUGCCACCUCUGACCCACUGCCCUUUAUCCAGAUGGUACAUUACAUCUCUACCACUUCCCUUUGCAACCAGGCAAUUUGUAUGUUGGAGAGGCGAGAGAAACCUUCUCCAGGCAUGUUUGGGGAACUACUGCAAAAAGCCAGUACCAUGGGUGAUCUUCGGAACUGCCCAAGUAAUUGUGGAGAGAAGAUCCGGAUUCGCCGUGUGCUGAUGAAUGCCCCUCAGAUUAUCACCAUUGGGCUUGUGUGGGACUCCGACCAUUCAGACCUGGCAGAGGAUGUCAUCCAUAGCCUGGGUACUUGCCUCAAACUGGGUGAUAUUGAGGAUCUAUUACAUGCUCCAUACUGUACUAUUCCAGCUAGGGGACUUAAUCUGGAGAAAGGACCGAAGAGGAUCACUGAACUUUAUUGGAGUCGUCAGCUGUUUUUCAGAGUGACAGAUGACCGAGCCAAGCAGUCUGAAUUGUAUUUAGUGGGAAUGAUCUGUUAUUAUGGCAAACAUUAUUCUACUUUCUUUUUCCAAACAAAGAUCCGCAAAUGGAUGUAUUUUGAUGAUGCCCAUGUAAAAGAGAUUGGGCCCAAAUGGAAAGAUGUGGUAACCAAAUGCAUCAAGGGACAUUAUCAGCCUUUGCUGUUGCUUUAUGCUGACCCCCGAGGUACCCCGGUAUCUACCCAGGAUUUGCCCCCUCAGAUGGAGCCCCAGUCAUACAGUAGGACAUGUUAUGAUAGUGAAGACUCGGGAAGGGAGCCUUCCAUCUCCAGUGAUACCCGGACAGAUUCAUCAACAGACAGCUAUCCCUGCAAACACUCCCACCAUGAGUCUGUGGUCAGUCACUUCUCAUCUGAUUCCCAGGGAACAGUGAUCUACAAUGUGGAGAAUGACUCUUUGUCUCAGAGCAGUCGAGACACAGGACAUCUGACUGAUGGUGAAUGUAACCAGAAGCACACAGCCAAAAAGGGUUCAUUGACAGAGCGGAAGAGGAGCUCUGGUCGGACCAGGAGGAGAGGCGAUGAGCCACAGUCCUCUGGGUACCACAGUGAAGGAGAAACACUGAAGGAGAAGCAGGCCCCCAGGAGUGCCCCCAAGCCACCCAGCAGCACCAACAGACUAAAGGAUUUUAAAGAAACAGUCAGCAAUAUCAUCCAUAGCAGACCAUCCCUAACUUCCCAAAGCAACCAAGGAUCUCCCUGUGUGGGAAAAGGAGACCAAACUGGAAAACGACCCCCUCGGAGCCUACCCUUGCACUGUCAGGACUGGGAAGUAGAGAGCACCAGCAGUGAGUCUAAAUCCAGUUCAUCCAGCAAGUACCGUCCAACAUGGAGACCUAAACGUGAGUCUCUGAAUAUUGACAGCAUCUUCAGUAAGGACAAAAGGAAGCAUUGUGGCUAUACCCAGCUCAGUCCAUUUUCAGAGGACCCAGCUAAAGAGUUUAUUUCCAAUGAACUGAACAAAUCAACUGCGUAUGACCCCAAAACCAAUGGGCCAAGCUUAAGGCACAAGAACUGGGGCCCACCCCGACCUGGUAUUCACCUUAUGGACCAACAUCCUCGAUUAAUCCAGAGAAUGGAAUCUGGCUAUGAGAGCAGCGAGAGGAACAGUAACAGCCCUGUCAGUCUGGAUGCAACUCUGCCAGAGAGCUCUGGCACCUCCAGGGAUACAAAUGUGAAAAGAGCACCUGGGUUGGUCCCUGCCUGGCGUCAGAUCCCAAAGUCACAUAGCAGCAGCAGCAUCCUGGAGGUGGAUUUGGUCUCAUCCAAAAGUGGCUGGACAAAGAACCAGCCCCACCCUUGGAAGGACAAGAGUGCAGACAGGGAGUUGUCUUUAUCCUCUAAAAGUGAGCUGGACGAACUCCAGGAAGAGGUCACUCGACGGGCCCAGGAACAGGAACUCCGAAGGCAGCAGGAGAAGGAAUUGGAGGAGGCUCGAGGGUUCAACCCACACCCCAGCCGCUUCAUGGACCUGGACGAGCUUCAGCAUCAGGGGAGGCGUGAUCGCUCUGAGAGGUCCACCCGAGAGGCUGACUUGAUGAUGGAGGAGGUGCUGCGCCGUGAGCAGAGAGGAGACUGUACUGCAGCUUUGGCUCUCUGUAACGAAGCAAUUUCUAAACUAAGACUUGCCCUGCAUGGUGCCAGCUCUAGCACGCUCAGCAGAACCAUAGUUGAUAAGAAGUUACAAAUCUGUAUCCGAAAAGCACGGAGCCUCCAGGAUCGCAUGCAGCAACAGCAACCGCCGCCGCCGCCGCCACCACCGCCGUUGGGGGGCUCCCUCCCUCAGCCAACAAGUGAACAGUCUGUCCCGCUCCAAGUACUGUUGAGUCAGGAGGCACAGCUGGAGCCAAGCAAGGACACCGAGUUUGGAACCAGUUCUUUUUUCCCCUCAUCUGCUUCCUGCCAUGAAUCGCACUCAUUACUGUCUUCAGAGUCACCCUCUCCACCCACCCUACAGCCCAGUUCCCCCAGAAGGUCCUUCCCCAACCUCUUGACUUCCUCUGCUAAUGUGGAUGGCCAUGCUUUUUCUGCUUUCUGCAGGCAAGGCUCAUCCCACAAGUUGAGGAGGCCUGAGAAGGGUUCUCCCCAAGGUAGGGAACCUGCAGGAGGCCCAGCAGAGGGGCUGCUGGGCUGCAGGGGCAGCAGCAGCGGCAGCAGAACUCCCACUCAGGAAGGGAGAAGUGCUGGCCAGCUGCAGUGCCAAGAGAAAAGCAACCCUGCAGUUUUACCUGCCCUGGUGCCUCCCUGGUCACAUUUGGCCCCCAUGGUCUCCCCUGACAGGGGGGUUUCACACAGCCCUGGCUGUAAUCCUUCAAGUUGUCCAGCUCGGUCCAGCCUCCCCAUGCCUGGGGCCUGUCACCCAAAAGUACCUACUGCUUCCUCACAUUUGCUUCAUUUUCCUCCAGAUUCUACACAGAAAACUAACAGGUGCCCCCAAACCAAUAGCCAUGAAACUUCAUAUGUUUCACAAAGGGAACAAGGCACUGAAGAGGUCUUGAAGCCAGAAGUCCCCAGCACAAAGGGACUUGUUCGUUCCCUGGCAGAGCAGUUCCAGAGAAUGCAUGAGGUUUCCCCAAAGGAUCAUACUUACGAAAAAAACUGGGUGGUUACAAGUCCCCAAGAUAGGAAACUGACAACUAGGUUGAAAAAGGAGUCGCCCCCUUCAGACUCUAGGAUACCUAUCCCACAGGGACAAGGGAAUGGUCACUCUUCUUGGGAAAAACAGCAUCAUUCUUUGGAUGGGAGGGAUAGGCAGACUUCCUGGGAAGGGCCCUCUAGUCACCAUGCUCUUUGUAUAAGUCCUUCCCCACACAGCAGUGAUGCUCCCUGGGGAGCGGGAUUAAAUAUGGCAGAAUCAGCCGUGCUCCCAGGGAGGCUGUCACAAAUGGAAGAUGUUUGGCCAAAGGAGGUAGGCGGUGGUGAUGACUCAGUGACUUCUCUGUCCCUGGACCAUUGGGUGGGCAACAUUAGGCUCUCUGAUUCUCACCCUGAUCAUGAAAAUGGCACAUGGAUUCAUGGGCCUGGGAGAAACCCUUCCCCUCAAGAUCCCUGCGUUGGUCUCAUCCAUCUUGAGAGAAACCAUAUGCAUCUACACCCACACUGGAAUGAGGACACAGAACAGGAGACCUCCGAGUUGGAGUCUCUUUACCAGGCCAGUCUGCAGAUAUCUCAGGCCGGCCAGCCUGGGCCAGGGAGGCAGGAUUUAUCACGGCAACCACUUGGGCAUCCAGGCUCCACAAACAUUGUAGGGAGGAGACUACACUCGGCCCCUGGCUUUGAUCUCUCACAGAUGCCAGCAAUAGAAAUCGAACACAGUCUCCAUGGGGCUAGCAUGGUACCUGCCUCUCAGGCCGCAUCUUGCCGAGGCUUGCUGAAGGAGGAUGAAGGAGAGCUAUACACUGCAGAGAAUUUCCGACGCAUUUCACGCAGUCUCAGUGGCACUGUGGUCUCGGGCAGGGAGGAACCCCCCAUCUCUUCUCACAGUUUUGAAACUUCAAACGUGAGGAAAAAGCCUUUGGAAACCAGGCAUCGUUGUUCCAGCUCUUCCUCCCUCUCUGUCAUCCAUGACCCUCCUGUGUUCCUCCCCCAUCCCCAGAUCCUCCCUCCCCAGCCACAGCUCCUGCCCCCUGAUGUCCUGAUGCCCACCAUGGCAGGGGAGCCCCAUAGACCCCCAGGAACUUCAAGGAGUGUCCAACAGCUUCUGGUUAUGUGUGACAGGGGUGAAGCUUCCCGAGGGGCCAAAUACACAGGGGGGACCCUGAACUAUACAAGCCUCCCACGCCUUUCAAGAGCUGAUUCCUCCUGGAGCCCAUUGCCAGAGACCAACCAGCAUUCUGAGACCAGAGCCUCAACCACCUCAGGGCUCUGGCCACAGCUGACCGACACUGCCACACUGCCAGACAGAAGCCAGGGACUCCAGGGUCCACAUGCCCAGUUGUGGGGGAGACUCUUUCAUUCACACUCACAUUCUCCCGUUGCCUGCCAUCCAUCAUCAUUGCCCAGCACCCUUUCUGUGCCCCUGGAGAUAUCAAAGAGUUCCAGCCUUAUUCCUAGUUCCUCCCGAGGCCCUGGACCCAGAAGAGUGGAUAUACCCCCUGAUGAAGACUGGAGGAAGAACACUUAUGCCUCUCAACCUGGACGUAGGAGAACAGGAGGAAAUGGGCCUCUUUUUGCCACCUCAGAUGUCCAUCGAAGGGGGCUGACCUGGGCUGCAGCCCCACAGCACAGUGGGUGGUGAGGGGCUCUUCUUUACUCUUC